AUGAUGUGCAAUUGCUUGGAGCGGGCGCGGACGCCUCUCCUUCAAGAGGGGUCCAGCGGAAAGGCCAGCCGACGGCGCAUUGCGGGCCGGGUGGUCGAGGUGCUAAACGACCACUACUUCAAGGAGCUCCGCGAAAAGCACAAGGUGCCAGAGGAUUUCCUGGACACUGGGAACACACAGGCUCUGAACCUCGACCUCCCCCGUCUGGAAUCCUCUCACGGCAAAGGAGGCCACGGGCAAUUCAACAGCAGCUGCCGACGAUAUGUCGUCAAGUCGCUGUCGAAAGAUGACCACAAGGCGCUUCUGAGACUGGCGGGUCCACUGGUCGACAGAAUGCUGCAGAACCGCACCUUGAUGUGCCCGAUCUACCUCCACUUCAUGGAUGUUGCGACCGGCCGCUUCUUUAUGGCCAUGCGCAACCUCACGGAGGCCGGACCUUGGGCAGCGAAAUACGACCUGAAGGGCUGUGAUGACGACAAGACCAUUGAGCUCAAUGGCAAAACCAUCCAGCCAGUCCGGAAGCGCUUCUAUCGUCCGCACAUGUGGUGUCAGUGCAUGUGGUCGCCAGAGCGAUGGUUGUACUACCAGGGCAAGGUCCAGGCCAGAGCAUUACGGCUUGGUGUUGCUGGCUCACACCAUGAGGAGGUGAUUCAGAUGAUCAAGUCAGAUGCAGAAUGGCUCAUUAGCCACGACAUCAUGGACUACUCCCUGCUGGUGGCCGUGCGGCGGUUGCCGCCAGAAGUCGCGAAGAGUUGUGGAGCAGGCCUGGACUCCGUGGCGUGCCCCGGCGAUGCAGCCAUUGGCCUGCGACGGUGGGCCAUGCUGGACAAGACCACCGGUGAGCUGUUGGUGCUCCACAUGGGCAUCAUCGAUUUUCUGCAGCCAUGGACCACAAGCAAGGUGGCUGCCAUGUACAUCAAGUCUUUUGAGUUCAACAAGGCGACCGUGCCUCCGCCCCUCUAUGGGCAGAGGUUCGCAAAGCACUUUGAGGAGCGGCUUAAGAAAGACGACACGCUCACUGCUCAGUCCGAAACGGUCACUUCUGCCGCCGAGCGUUGGUGCCAGGAGCAUGACGGCAUGAACGGUAUCAGCAAUGGAGAUGGCAUGCCAGGUCAAUGCUGA